AAAACAAUCGGCAUCCCUCAUACAGUACAACAUAAACAGGAGGACCGGAGCCGAAUUUAGAUAUUAAAUACCUUUCUCACCGACACGGACACCACCGAAGGAGAAAUGGUUUCUCCGGUAACAGUGGUCAAGAGUGAAGGCCCCAAGCUGGUGCCAUUCUUCAAGGCAACCUGUGUUUACUUUGUCCUGUGGCUGCCCACCUCAAGCCCCUCCUGGUUCAGCGCACUGAUCAAAUGUCUACCUAUCUUCUGCCUCUGGGUGUUUUUACUGGCACAUGGGUUCAGCUUCCUACGCGAUCACUCCAAUGCCCGCAAGAUCUUAGCUGGCCUCAUCUUUUCUGCUCUGGGUGAUGCCUUUCUCAUCUGGCAGGAGCAGGGCUACUUCAGCCACGGCCUUCUGAUGUUUGCCAUCACCCACAUCCUCUACUCGUCUGCCUUCGGGAUGAAGCCUGUUAACGUGUCUGCUGGCCUGGUGACCACUGCCGUGUCGUCUGUGAGCUACAUGAUGCUGUACCCCUACCUGUCUGGCCCCUUCACCUACCUGGUGGCCGUCUACAUCGCUCUGAUCGGCUUCAUGGGCUGGCGGGCCAUCGCAGGCCUGCAGCUGACCAACGACCUGUGGACCUGGACCAAGCUGUCCGCCUGCCUGGGCGCCGUGCUCUUCAUGGUCUCCGACCUCACCAUCGCCGUCAACAAGUUCUGCUUCCCUGUGCCCCAUUCGCGUGCCAUCAUCAUGGCCACCUACUACGCCGCCCAGAUGCUGAUAGCGCUGUCGGCCGUUGAGAUCCAGGAUGCGGAGGUGGCCAGGAAGAGAACAUGAGGUGCUGUGAUUCCUGCAGUGAACGGCCCUGAGGUUGGGAAGGUGACAGCUGCCCCGCCUCCGGCCCUGAGUGAUCAUGGACACAUCUCACUGCCAGAUCCCCAACCCUCAAUCCUCAUCUCAGUGUGGCGCUCCCACACCAUUGUUACCACGAUGACUGGUUCACUUCAGUCUUCACAUGGCUAUCAUCCUACUACCCCACUAGUAUGGUAGUCUCACACCUGUCUUCUUCUUCUUACCACGAAGACAUGGUAGUAUUAUCCUCAGCUUCUCCCGACAACAGUCCUACCUGCCUCCUCCUAGAAUGGCUGUCUCCCAACCUAGUUACCAUGGAGACAAGCAUAGUAAUAUUAACCUGCUAUAUAUAUAGAGAGUAUUACUUUACUUUUAACCGUAAUGUUUUAAUUUAAGGGGAGCCUGUCACUAGGGACCUUCAAGGAGUGUGUGUGGGAGAGCGACUGUGUGUGUGCGCAUUUCUGUGUGAUUAACACUCUUACCUCGCUUUCCACACUGACUCCCACCACACACACACACACACUUAUGUGGUCCCCAGUUUUUAUUUUUUUAUUUUUUUCCGUUGCCUGAUUUAAAAAGGGAUUUUUUUUUCUUACUGACUCGCCCAUGUUCGCUUUUCUCUGUGUACCCCUGAAUUAAGGGUGCUAUUCUUAAAAUCGGGAGCGAAUCCACACCUGCUUUAUUAUCUGCAGUCCCUUUCAUUUCAUUUACAACAACCGCACAGGCUUUGUUCACUCCCCUUUUUAACAUCCUCAACAAAUCCACACCCAGUCUCUCUGGAUGAAUGAAUUAGGAUGUCCUUGAAUGACUGCAUGCACAGGGAAAGAAUGACACGAGACGAGACGAAAAAUAAAGCAAUGAGGCGGAACAGCAAGCAGGGGAAAGUUGCGUGACUGAAGCAACUGCUGUGUAUUGUAGUUUUAGUGAUCGAGAGGUAGAGGUUGUUUGUGGAAGCUUGAUUCUUCCUGCUGAGAUGUUAUUGACACUGUCCUGCUGUCACAAAGAGAACACAGUAAACAUUAUAAUCCCAGCGGACCACUGUACACACACUCACACAUUGUGAAGUGCACCUGCUUCUCCUCUUUGUGUUUAGUCUGUCGGGUGUUUUUGCCUUCCAGUUUUUCAGAAACAUGGGUGCAAAUGUCACGCUCACACACCUGACACCUACGACCCCUGCUGCUUUAGUUAUUAGGAAAAGUCUGCAGGGUUCUUAUUACUGUACUAGAUCAGCCAACCCAUGCUGUCAUUGGCCUGGGACCAUGUUAUGAAGACUGAAAAGAAAGGGCUUUGUUACUAGCUGGAAUCUUUUUGUUUACCAGCUCUCUCUCUCUCUCACUGUGUGUAUCUGGGCCUCAGAAGGCAUCCACUCACUCUUAACGACAUGCACACAAACAUGCACAUAAACAUACACAUUGCUCCGAGGCAGUCUGUCUGAAAAAAGAGAAAAGAAAAAUGGGAGAUGAGAGAACUGGCUUGUCAUGUGAGGGAACAGUUAUCCCAUUAUUCCCAAUAAUUCCCCCUCACAGGACAUUUCAUCAGCUUUAAUCCUGCAAAAUCCACCGCAGCUAAUCCCCGACAGGUCAGCUGAUAUUUUGUCUUUCAUCUAUCACACAUUUCCCCCUCUCACCUUUCAUUUGUUUCACCCUCUGCAAGAGGUUUAUGCUAGGAGGAAGUGUCUUACUGAAUAUUGAAGAAGUAUACUGUAACCCUGUCCUCACAUGUUCUCAUAUAUGCAUGUUUUGAGUGUGUGUAGGUGUGUAUGUGUGAGUGUAUGGCAUUUGUUGAGUGAAUGAGUGUGUACCUGUGAGUCGGAACCAACUCAAGGCCAGAAAUGCUGUGAACCAUCAUAGUUUAUGUGGAGUAGAUACACUACUGGAUAUCUUUAAUGUUUUCUUCAUACCUUUCACCUGUUGAGGUUUGUAACCUCUGUAUGUUUUUAUCUAACACCCUAUGGAUUUGUCGUCAGUUAAGGAUGACUGUAAGGUAGUAUUUGAUUGGGUACAGUAUAUUCAACCUCGGGUAUAUGUAUUCUUUAGUUUUAAUUUGACCUCCAUUGGGGGAAAAACGUCUUCUUGAUUAUGCCCUUACGAUUUACCCAUUAUACAGGACUGGCAUUAUUAUUUAUACCACUAACAGUUUGUGUACUUGAAAGACAAUCCAUUUUAUCAUAAAUGUACUCCUGCAGUUAAAAGUAUUAAUAACUAGUAAAAAAUGUUAUUUGAUACCCCUUUUCCACCAAAUUCUUCCUGAUUCUUGAGCCAGUUCGGUUCAGGAUUUUUGAAACCUUAGUGCUUCCGAGGGACCAGCCCACAUUUUGAGCGAAGUAAUUGUAAUUAAGAAUGUGUUGCACAAAGCAAUACAAAAAUAAUCAUUAGUUGCAAGAUCAAAUUUUUGUUCUGUUAUUACAGAUAUUCAUUGUAAUCCAAAAAAUUAAUUAAGUAUUAAUGUUUAGAAGACAGAGAUGACCAUCACGUGAAUCCUCCAUCCAACCUGUAUGAUUUAACACACCCACUUAUGUCGUCACGGUUAGAAAAACCCCUCACAACCAAUUUAUUUUUGGUCGAUAUGCUCCGAACUGUUUAAAA